AUGGAGCCCAAGAUCGGAAACAUGACCAAGAUGGCCAACGCGCGCAGGCGACACAUGAACUCGUCGACGACGUCCUCGUCGGUAUACCGAGAGGGUGAUUCGGUCGUGGGUGGUCGAUCCAAGAAUGCGCUCGCUUCCUCGCAGGUGUAUUCGGCCACCGUCAGCAAGAGCGGCAUCCCCGGCAUCCACGGGAAGCUGCCGACCGGCCAUGAGAUCAUUGUCUAUGACGAGGACGGCAACGACGUGACCCCGAUCUCGUUGCUGGGGCCUCAGCGGGGAAUCAAGUCGCUGUUGCAUUCGAAUGUGCUCCCCGGCGCCUCGACCACGGAGGUUUCAUCCAUGACAAGCGUCACCAAGGAUACCGUUGCGGAUGUCCUCAACAAUCUGGAGACCAUGACUGUCGGCUCGUGGAGCGCUUCGCAGUUUGGCCGAUCCAUGCACGGCUACGGCGGGUCGAGCCGGGCAUCUGGCGCAUCCACCCCCGAGGAUAAGGACGAAGAUGUGCUGUCGGUCGCAAGCUCGGACUCGAACGAAAAGGCUAGCACAGAGGAAACCAAAAAGGAUGGCGGGGCGGGUGCAGUCGGUCAGGCGGCAUCGACUCAUAAGAUCAUCAGUGAUGUGGACAUGAACCGGAUGCUCCACGUCCAUCUCAGCGAGACCGACUCGAUCUGCCUGGUGGACAUUCCGUCCGUGAGCGUGUCGACCGAUUUCGUUGACGAGGCAACGAGUGUCAAGGCCUCGAAUGCAAAGUACAAGGAGCUCAAAGCCACCCGACAGAACAACGACAACUUCAUCGACCGCGGCAUGCAAACGCUCAACUUGCCCCCCAAAUCAAAGGAGGUGCAAGUGGCCGCCACCAAGGUGGUGGAUGUUGAGCUUCAAGUUGAGCAAUGGACCAUCUACGACGCCUAUCACAACGGGCGAGGUGGCCUUGAAGGCGAUGAGGCUUCUAGGAUCUCGACAGGCGAAGACCACGACGACGACAGGGGACAGAGCCAGCGACAAGAUGUCCUCGUGGGAACCGACUCCAUGACACACUAUAUGAGCACGGAUCCAUCGAGCAGCUCGGCAGUCAACGUCAUGGGCACCAACACUUCUGUCGUUGGCGACGGCUAUGGAUCCGUUUCGAUGGUCUUUGACGACGACAAUGCCUCAGAGUCAUCCUUCAACAACACUCCCGGCGGGGUCUCGGGCGAGGAGAAGAAAGAGGAUCCGUUGGUCUUGCUGGGCCAGGAGAGCCUCCAGGCAUCGCUGCAGAUCAUGGAGCGCGCCGUCCUGGGUAACUACUAUAUGAAACGAUUCAUAUCCUAUCGCGACUUGACGGAUGUAGAAGACGAGCUCCAGGACCAGUACGACUCGAGCAUGAUUCCGUCGCUCGAGUACCUCUGGGCCUACAAAUGCGAGCUGACCAGAGGACGAAGCGUGACGCAAAUGGCCUGGAACAAGCACAACGAGGAUAUACUGGCGGUGGCAUACACCGAAUGCCGACUGGCUGGAUCGACCAUAUUUCCUGGUCUUGUACUGUGCUGGUCGAUGAAGAAUCCCGAGUGGCCCGAGCGAAUUUACCGCCUCAAGUCGCCCGUGACCACGCUCGACUUUAGCAAGAGCAGUGGCAAUCUGCUGGCAUGUGGACUGAUGGAUGGCCGUAUCGUGAUCUAUGACGUUCGUCGGAAAGACGAUACGCCGGCACUCGACAAUGCAGAAAUCCUCGGCAAGCAUCGGGAUCCUGUCUGGGAGCUCAAGUGGAUCGAGAAGCUUGUUGGCGACGAGCACUCGCAUGGCGAGGAGACGCUGGUGUCAGCCAGCACUGACGGGCGGGUGACCCAGUGGUUGGUCCGAAAGGGACUCGAGUACACAGAUCUGAUGUCGCUGAAGCGAGUGACGAAGCAGGAGGUCAAAUCAAGUGGUGGGCCUGUUUCAGGAUCGUCUGGACAGGCCUCGAUCGGUGGCGGCAACGGAGGCAGCCAGAACGUCAAGUCGACAUCGGUGAUUGCACGACACUCGGGUGGGCUUUGCUUUGAUUUCAAUCCAAAGGACAGCAACAUCUAUCUCGUCGGCACAGAAGACGGACAAAUCCACCGAUGCUCCUCCUCCUACAACGAGCAGUAUCUCUCGACCUAUGUGUCGCACACCGGGCCCAUAUACAGGGUGCGCUGGUCGCCCUUUGUGCCAACCGUGUUUCUGAGCUGCAGCGCCGACUGGACGGUCCGUCUGUGGCGAAGCGAAAAGGAAGAGCCCGAGUUCCGGUUCCAGAGCGGCAAGGACUCGGUUGCCGAUGUGGCCUGGAGCAGCGGCAGCUCGACGGUGUUUGGAUGUGUUGGCACCGACGGCCGGCUGGAGGUGUGGGAUCUGAAGCACAGCGUGCUUGAUCCUCUGAUUGUGCACACUCUGCUGGACCGCCAGCUCACAUCGAUCCUUUUCUCGUCAAAGUCACCCAUUCUCUUGAUCGGCGACGACAGCGGCGCUGUUAAUGUCUACAAGCUCAAGCAAGUGCCCUUCCAUCCCAACAUGGAUGUCAACGAACAGGCCAGCGCGCUCUACAACGUCAUCGAUUCCAAGAACCAUCCUGGCCAGACGACCAACGCCAAUGCCAAUGCCAACGCGAAUGCCAAUGCCAAUGCAAAUGCUACCGCCAGUACCUAGUACAUAUGUGCGAGCCUCCAGGAUGCCGGUGGCGGAGCUGAUGUGCCGCGGAGGAGAGGCUGUUGAAUGCAAAGGCGGAUAUGAAUACAGCCGUCGCUACAGGAGUGAUGCGUCGCCGGAUAGGGACAGCGCCAGCGUGCAUUGCGCAAAGGCAGAGGGUGGAGGCCAGCAAGCAGGUGCGCAUUCAUCGCAGCGACAGAGAUGCCCCAAGCGCUGA